UUACAGCAGCUUUCCUCCUGCUCACUAAAACCGCUCAGGUCGACUUUUCAGUGUACUGUCCGGUAGGUGGCAGUAAAUGCACCUUGAGUUGGUUUACCAACCCCUAAUUAAUUUCCAAAAGAAGAAGUGGCAGUCCUAGGUCUUUCUGCCUAUCAGACAAAGCUGAGGGCUGAAAGCCCACAGGAGCAUAUUGACGGACGUAGUAUAGAAGCAUGGCCGGGGAAGGCGAAAAGAAACCGGUGCUUGAAAUGGUCCAGGCUGACGGGGCCGAUGACGGCUGCGUGACGUUUGUGAUGCACGAUGAGGACCACACGCUGGGCAACUCCCUCAGAUAUAUGAUCAUGAAGAAGUCAGUGAUCCCGGAAGUGGAGUUCUGCGGCUACACCAUCACGCAUCCCUCCGAGAGCAAGAUCAACUUCCGCAUCCAGACGCGAGGAGGCGUUCCUGCGGUGGAGCCGCUGCGGAGCGGCCUCAACGACCUGCAUGACGUUUGCCAACACGUCCUCAACACCUUCCAGGCGAGAGUUGCCGAGUUUAAAGAAGGCCAGGAGCAACCUAUGGAAUAAACAUCGGAAACCAUAAAGAUUCAACUUCACUCAACUCCUUCGCUCCUCAGACGUCCGGGAAGUUUCCAUGUCUUAAAUACUUGUACAGUUUAUUUUUUUAAUGUAAUCAUGUAAAGGGAUUCAUAACGUGCGAUAAACACGCAUCGAUGUUGCGUUUUGUUCCCACGCUGCCUGACUGGCGAGUAAAAACACUUGAAAUGAUAAAAACUGGCCUAUCAGAGCUCUCCUUCCUUCACUCGGGCGUCAGACUCGUUCUGGGACGUUUCACUUCACGACUCGUGUGACGGUGUUUUCGAACGUCGGAAUCUCCUGACGGGAGCGAGGAAAGUUCUGGAAGCUGAUAUGUCCUUAUUAGCAGAGGAAUGCGGUGCCAGGCACUUCAAACUGAGCCGGGAGGACAGCAGGUCAAAGGAGGGAGGAGGGAAAAAAGGGUGAAUAAUAAGCUUGAAGUCGGUCGAGGAUAAUCGCAUCACAUGUUCAGAAUGUUUCAAAAAAGAAAAGACGACUCGUUUAACAAAAUAAAUGGGCGCUGGAGGAUUUUAGAAGAGUUUACUGCAGCUGAAAUUUUAGAGAAAUGAAGUGUUUUUCUGUCAGAACCACGUGAAUAGAUCGAUACCAUUAUGUCUGUCAGGUAACGAAGCUGGAGCCAGCGCUGGAAGGCUUUAUGUAAACAGCUGGAAUGGUGGGAAACUGAUCGUUUUAUGUUAAAUGCUUGUUUAAUAUGAAAAAUCCUUUUGGCAGACUUUGAGGAGAGGUUAUCUUUUUUUCCUCCUACUUGCCUGAAUUUAAUAAACACAUCUCUUCUUCUCUCA